AAUAAAGGAUACCCUGUGCUUUCAGUCUCACACAAGUUCAUUCCUCCAUUGAUGUUGGUAGUGGUCCAUAGAUUCCCAAUAUAUAAGGAGUUCAUCUUUAAGAAAACUACUGAUGAAAAAUGGAGUGGAAUGGCACCUUAUCCUUUGUUCCUGGACAACCCCCUUCUCUUACUUCCGUUUACAACUAUAACUAUGAUCAAUAUUCUCCAGGUAUGGAGAUGAUGAAUGUAGGAUUAGCAGAGGCAGAAGCUAUGGAGAAGAAGAAGAAGAAGAAGAAGAAGAAGAUAUACAUGAAUAAUGAAGAGAAGAAGAAGCGUUUGACAAAUGAGCAGUUGGAGUGGUUGGAGAUGAGUUUCCAAGAAGACAUAAAGUUGGAUCCUCAGAGGAAAAUGAAGCUUUCCAGGGAGCUUGGACUCCAGCCAAGACAAAUCGCUGUCUGGUUCCAAAACAGGCGUGCUCGUUGGAAAGCUAAGGAGCUUGAGCGCUUAUGUCAUGCGCUUCAACAUCACCUCCAUCUUGUCUCCAAGGAGACCCAAAAGCUUCAACAUGAGGUCUCGAAAUUGAAAGCCAUGCUAAGGGAACAAGCAACAAGAAACCAAGUCUCCACAGGUUACACGGAAAUCUCCGGGGAAGAGACCAUCGAAAGCACCUUGAUUCAUUGCUCUAACAAGCCAAUGGUUGUCCCAAACAACCAUCAUCCGAUCGCUGAUCACUGCAGCUAUCUUUUCAAUGUAGACAAGCAUAACCCAAACCCGGUAGGUUCAACCUACUGGGGUGAGCAGCUGCCUACUAAUCCCUAAUGAGCUCCUAUCUUCUUAAUAGAGUUUGUUAAUUUAGCAGUUAGCACAAGUUACCUCUUAGAGCUAGCUUAAUUAAAACAGUUUUAGUAAAAUGAAGAAGAGGUUCAUCUCAAUUUUGAGGACUUUUGUUGGAGAGUUUACUGCAACAAAGAGAUGUAUUUUACUUCAUCGCGUGACAACAGUGCAAUUCCAAGCUCUUUCUGUUAAGUAUGACUCCUAUUUCAGUCAAACUUGAGAAAUAAUAUUUCAGUUAAACUCUGUUUAUUUGUUUCA